CAAAGGGAGGAGAGUGGAACCGGCAGCAGUUGCGUCCUGAAGGGGUUAACGCCAGCGCCCGGGCACUCAGAGGUUAAUGGAGAAUAAGGAAAUUCUUCCUGGAAAAUUCCCGGCGCCGCCGACGACGCUGCAUCAGACUGUGAGGAGGAAUAAAGUUUAUUGAAGAAAAAAGCCGAGACCGAGACCGAGACCCUCCCCGUGCGCGGAGCAGAGAGCGGCCCAGUCACAGCAGGAUGGUCAUCAAGGUCUACACCGCCAGCUCCUCUGGCUCCACAGCGAUUAAGAAGCAGCAGCAGUUGGUGUGUGGUCUCCUCGCUGCCAUGAAGAUUGAUUACGAGGAGAAGGACAUCGCAUGCGAUGAGGAGAACCGGCGAUGGAUGAGGGAGAACGUCCCGGAGAACUGCCGGCCUGCGAGCGGGAUCCCGCUGCCCCCCCAGAUCUUCAGUGACAACCGCUACCUCGGGGACUACGAAGCUUUCUUUGAUGCCCGAGAGAAUAACGAGGUGUACGCGUUCCUGGGCCUGACCCCCCCUCCGGGGUCCAAGGAAGCUUUGGCCCAGCAGAACGCGUGAAGCCGCCAUGUCUCGGCUCCGAGGUCUCAGACGCUUCGCUCCUAAUCUCUUCCUCCUCUCCACGCAGCAGUGAUUGGCUGUCCGGCCGACGUCAGCCCCGCCCCCACCCGUCAACAGCCGCCACCGCCUGUGCCAAAAUUAGAUGCCAACAAAAGUCGAAAUCGGCAGUUGUGGACCGUCGCCGUUCCUAUUCCCGCAGCGCCAUCCGGCGGUCAGAGCGGCAAAUGAAGCGACCUCCCCGCUCCGAUAUUGUAUGUAAUAAUGUCUGAGCGCGAGGGCGGAGCUCUCCAGGUACAAGCCCCUCCCCCUACAGCACCGCCUCCAUCAGACAGGUGCCUUUAACAUGACUCUGUAUCAGGACGGAAGAGGCGCCACAACGAGCUCCAACCUCUAAGCACAAGGCCUUGUUAAAGAGACAGUCACCUGCUAUGAGAUCAGUGGGGUGACAGCAGGAGAUGGGCCCCGUGCGGGGGCAGGUGUGUGAAAUUUGAAUUCUCCCAGCACCCUAUAAAAAUAGUUUGCGCCCUUGAUUGCUACCAGCCACGCUCGUCCUAGGAGAGAUCAUUGACUUAUUUUGUAGGUGACUGUCUCUUUAAAUCUGCCGGUCCCUUCCGGUGAACUGCGACAAUCUCUUACCAUAAAGCUGCCAAAAAUCCCCGGUUCGUGUUAUUUCCAGCACAUUCCUAGCAUUGUAUAUGAGCGCCGCCUCCGCGGGCACUCGCGAUAUAUGAUGUCCACAGGCUCCCAGAGCCACGGCCCACGCCCCGACCCACAGAGCUUACACUCUGGAUAGAGACAGAAUAGAAAAAAGUGUGAGACUUAGAUAAUAU